AUGUUGUUACGUCACAUUCAGAGGGUAAAAAAAAGUGGCGUGACAAUGGAUGAAAUGCCCGAUGAGGUUAUAAAACCGCGUAAAAAACACACCACGAGGAAUAAAACCUUUCCAGAACCUGAAGUUGCGCUUACGUUUGUACUUGCAACAACAACAACUGCAGAGAGCUUAUUGGCGGAUUUUAACCACGAUGGACGCGUUGAACGCCGCGAGAUUCAGCAAAUCAAGGACAAACUACAUCAUUUUUUAGACACGGAUGAUAGCGGCGGCUUGGACCCUUUUGAACUUAAAAAGAGAGCACUGAAUGAUCAGGACGUUGACGCAGCACUGAACAAAUUGGAUAGCGAUCACGACGCGAUUAUUUCGUGGAAAGAGCUAGAUGAGCGUUGGGAGAGUGUAGGAGCCGAGAUGACUGUAGCUGAAGUGGCCGAUUGGGUAGCCUAUGCAGUACAACUACCGCAGUAUAGUGACGUUUUUCGAGCCAAUUCUAUCUCAGGGUAUACGUUUCCUUUGUUGAUGGCGAACGAUGGAGCGAGAUUACAGGAAAUUGGCGUACAUAGUGAGUUGCAUCGCCAUCAAUUGGCCAUGUUCUUGCAGAUGAAGUAUCUUGGUAUGGGACGUAAGCCUGAAGCUGUAGUGUCGAGUGUUUGCAAUGCUGACGGCAUGACUGCACAGAAUAAAAUGCUGCUUCAACUAGCGUGGGUGCCGGCGGAGAACUCGCCACAACGCUACCAGCUGCAACGUCGCAUUGCUGGAGAAAUGACGUGGGAACUUGUGUUUACAGGAGCUGACACGGAGUUUAUGGAUGUUGUGGAACCUGGCCAUCGUGUAGUUUACCGUCUUACGACAUGGAACUCAUAUGGCCGUAGUUCACAUACAUUUGUGCGUUGUGACGAUGCUGUUGCCCGUGCUGCUACAUUAUCAGCAUCAUCAAGUACAGGUUCUGCGCUUUCUCUGCUGCCUAGUUUGGGAAGAUCGCGAUCCUCACGCUCGCCGUCUUCCCCGAAUAUGCCACAGCAAGGGAUAAGUUACACUGAGGGAGAACCUCUUACCGAUUCCGCUGACGACUCUGACUAUAAACUCAGCUUGUGGGGAUUGGUGAAGAUGUACUUUUGGUGGCUAGAUGAUGCUAUCGUUAUCCUCUUAGUGGUGAUGCUGCCAAUUCGUGGAAUUAUCUACGGGGACGCUGAUUCGCUACUUCGACUGUUACGUCGACUGCCACCCAACAUGCCUACACGCGUUACCGUCGAGGUUGAGCCUAGUAAAACAACAGUGGAGAAUGCAGUUGCUCGCGUUUCGUGGGAAAAACCGGUGGACAACGGUGUCCCUAUCGUUUGCUACACGGUUCGUUGGACACGCACUAAGACUGAAGAAGUAAAGUGGAUUAAACUUCUGGCAGUACCAUUGCCCACCGCGGUGGUCGUGGACAAACUUUGUCAUGGGGAGACAUAUAAGUUUGUGGUACAAGCGACAAACAAGUUUGGGUUGAUCACAAGCUCUAGUCGUUCCACGUAUAUGGUGCCGAUACCGGAACUCAAGGGUAAGCUUCGGCCUCGGCGCCAUCCAGCAGAGUCCCGUGCAGUACGCAACCAGUGUCAUGUAUGUCACGAUCCUCGUUACAAGAAGAAGAUGCCGUUCACUGCUACACUGGACAGGGUACAAAAGGGACGAUCGGGUUUUGCCCGACCCAAGUACGUUAUAGGCUUCACCAGCUCAGCCGAGACAAUGCCGCACAUAAUGAAGACGCUGCACAUCAUGAAAGCGCGAUCAGUUGGAGAGCUUGAAUCGGAACGGCAGUCUCAAUGUCGAUUCUCAAACACAGCGCAUUUAGGCAUGAGAGGGUAA